CAUGUUCUACCGACUCUAUAUCACUGACUUGAAAAAUUCUGGGACACUUUUUCACCUGUACCUAUUUGGAAAUGGACACAUGGUUUUGAUGCGACACCUCAAACUAACAACAAACCAUUUUCUUUUUUUUAAGCCUUGGGGGACUUGAGACCUGAACUAUGUAUCACCACUACCUGCUCCUGUGCCUGAGUUUGGGCACUUUGGUGAAAUAUGCUGCUGGAAAUGAAUGGUGCUAUCAUGGCUGUGAAAAGUCCCCUGAUCACUGGCGAGAUCUCCCUGGUUCCUUCUGUGGAGGACAAAGGCAGUCCCCGAUUAAUAUAGCCACCAGCCAUGUACAGAUCGACCCUAACCUGCUCAACUUUACCUUCAUCAACUUCUCCUCUCAACACGCCUUCAAGACCAUCGUAAACAAUGGACAUACAGUGAAAUUGACGUUGAAGGAAAAUGAAGUUGAAGUGAGCGGCGGUGGACUUAAUGGAACUUAUUCUACAAUCCAGUUUCACUUUCACUGGGGUGAUACAGAACAUCAUCCAGGAUCAGAGCACAUGAUUGAUUGGGACAGAUAUCCAAUGGAGAUGCACAUUGUCAGUCUGAAGAAAGGUCUUAAUGUGGAAGAGGCCACGGCCGAGUCAGAGGGAAUUGCUGUUCUUGGGUUUUUCAUAAAUGCAACAGAAGAUGAUUUGUCAGAACCAUGGAGAAAUCUCGCAUCUUACCUGACAAAUGUCAAAGACACUGAGAUGACUAUAAACCAUAGCAUCUCUCUCGAUGACCUGAUUGGAGAUGUCGACCGCACAAAGUUCUAUCGGUACAUGGGCUCCCUGACCACCCCCAGCUGCAACGAAGCAGUCGUGUGGACGGUCUUUCAUGAGCCAAUCAGUGUCCCCAAAAGUCUGAUUCAGCAGUUUCCCGCCAAAACAGAGUUCGCCAAUGUUUAUCGGCCACCACAAGAUCUCAAAGAUCGUGAAGUGUUUGCCUCCCCUGGAACUCCUCUCAGUGGUCCGUGGUGCUAUGAUGAACAUCACUGCAGCUACAAUCCGUCACAGUGGGGCUCUCUGCCUCACUCCCACUGCAGUGGUGAACACCAGUCACCCAUCAACAUCGAGACCCAGAAUGUUGUCAUGGACGAACACCUUGAUGCCCUCACCUUCACAAAGUUUGACGACAAACAUGCCAUCAAGUACAUCACCAACACAGGCCACUCAGUGAAGUGUGUACUGAAGGAGGAUAUGGUGGAGGUGUCAGGGGGAGGUCUGGGACACGUCUACUCAACCCUUCAGUUCCACUUUCACUGGGGUUUGCAAGACUCUGACGGCUCAGAGCACACAGUGGAUUCAAAAAGAUACCCAAUGGAGAUCCAUAUAGUGAGUAAGAGGAAGGAUUUACCUCUGGAUGAAGCAAUAAGGACUUCUAAUGGUCUGGCAGUUCUGGGAUUCUUUAUUGAGGCUGCAGAUUCAACCAAAAGCAGCAGCAGCAGCAGCAGUUCAGAACAUGAAGUGACAAAUCCCACAUCGAGUCCAACAUCUGAUACAGGAGCCUGGAAAAAAAUGACCAGCUACCUCUCAGCUAUUCAAAAUAUCAGCUCAGAAGUUGAAUUCAAAGGCGACUUCUCCAUUGACGACUUGCUUGGCAAUGUGAACCGAGCUGCAUACUACCGCUACAAUGGCUCCUUAACCACCCCUUUGUGUAAUGAAGCAGUGGUUUGGACAGUCUUUAAAGAAUCUAUCAAGGUGGACCAAAACCUGAUAAUGUUGUUCCCGACUCAGGCAGGAUAUCAGAAAGCGUUUCGGGCUACACAGCCUCUCCAUAGCAGGACAGUCUACUCCACCAUGUCAGCAGCCACUGCCCCUGGACCCAUCAUACUGUUUCUGCUGCUGGGAUGUCUCUGUGCCUCUCUAUUUAGUCUGUGCCUGUGAAGAAGUUAACUUACUAAAACUGCUGUGAAGAAUAAUCAUAUAUUGCACUAAUUAAUCUGUUUUGCACUGUUCAGAUUAUUUAAAUAUUUAUUAGCAAAAAGCAGAGUGGUGAUUGACAUCUUCACUAGUUAUAUAAUCUGACAAUCAAGAUAUUGUUAAUUAUGGGCUGACCAGGGAAGUUUUUAUCUUUUGAAACCUUAUCAUGGUUUGUUAAACUUCAGGGUGUUAUCAGGCUCGCUGUCCGACUUUAACUAUAUUAGUAAACAAAAUAAUAACUGCCAAACAAUCAUCACCUCUAGAUUUGUAGGAAAAUGAAGCAGGUAUCUAAUGUAAUUGUAUACCCAUUUCUCUUUCAAAUCUUGUACAGUGUAUAUAAUAAACAAAAUGAACAAUUACUUUUUAAGUAAUUCAAGGGGUAAUUGUCUAAUAUGCUAACCACUACAGCUGCUGAUCACACAGAAGAAGAAAAAAAGAAUUCAGUGACGUCAUGAGUGCUCUAGUGAGUGCUGUGUGUUUUAUCAGCAGGAAAUGUUACUGCAACCUGUGAAAACUAAAAUAAACUGUUAUAUAUAUA